GGGUGUUGUUUGUCGCCUGUGCGCAUUUGUCUGCUCUCUUGACGACGCAUGUACAUUUGGGAUAUCAUUUCUCGCGUUUUCGUCAUUUGUCGGUUUUCGACUAUCUGGCGCAAUAAGUGGUGAAAGAACCAUCAGCCAUCUGCUGUGAAACAAGGAGAGAAGCAGAGAAGAGAGAGAGGAGAGAGAGAGAGGUCCCGCCGACUUCCGGGAGGUUGUCGUGGCUGCGCGAUUCUGCGGAGUCGUGACGGCCAUCGCUGACCUCUCGGCUGUGGGUGAUUCCAACCACCGUUUCUUUCUUGCUUCUCUCUGUCUGUCUCUCUCUCUCUCUCUCUCGCUCGCGCCCUCUCUGUGCGGCCAUAUACGUCCAGGAAAGUGCUAUCUGUACUCUCUUACGUGCGUGGUUUCGUCCCUUCGGUCGUUCUUGCAAGGCGGACAAGAAGAUGGCAGCGGCGGGGGAGAAGAAGCCGAUGAGCGCCGGGGCAGCGAUCUGGGCAACGGCGAAGCCUUUCGUAAAUGGGGGCUUGUCGGGCAUGGGCGCCACGUGUGUCAUUCAGCCAAUUGAUAUGGUUAAGGUCCGCAUUCAACUGGGUCAAGGUUCUGCCGUCUCCGUGACAAAGGACAUUAUCGCUAAGGAAGGAUUUGGCGCGCUUUACAAGGGAUUGUCGGCAGGGUUGUUGCGACAGGCCACUUACACCACUGCCAGGCUGGGAACCUUCAGGGCUCUUUCGGAUAUGGCCGUGAAGGCCAAUGAGGGACGCCCUCUUCCAUUGGCACAGAAAGCCAUCAUCGGGUUGACAGCUGGCGGUAUGGGUGCAUGCAUCGGAAGUCCGGCGGAUUUGUCAUUGAUUCGUAUGCAAGCUGAUGCCACCCUACCUCCUCAUCAACGGCGCAACUACACCAGUGUGUUUAAUGCGCUGUCCAGGAUCACAAAGGAUGAGGGUGUGUUGGGACUGUGGAGGGGAUCUGGACCCACGGUGGUUCGAGCCAUGGCACUCAACAUGGGAAUGCUGGCCUCCUAUGACCAGGCUGUGGAGUUUUUCAGAGAUUCUCAAGGAUUUGGGGAAUACCAGACCGUUUUAGCGAGCGGUGUCGUGUCCGGAUUCUGUGCAUCGUUCUUCAGUUUGCCGUUCGAUUACGUGAAGACCCAGAUUCAGAAGAUGCAGCCUGGGCCUGAUGGGAAGAUGCCAUACUCAGGUUCCCUGGAUUGUGUCUGGAAGACGCUUAAGUCCGGCGGGCCGCUGAAGUUCUACACGGGAUUCCCCACGUACUUCAUCAGGAUUUCGCCUCAUGUCAUGAUCACAUGGGCGCUGUUGAACCAGUUUCAGAAGAUUCAGAAAGAGAUGGGCCUUUGAGAAGAGCGAGAAGGAUGCAUUCUCUUACCCUUGCAGUUGGCUUCGGGGGCCUUCGGGGGGCUUCGGGGGGCUUUUGGAUGAUUUGUGAGUGUGAUGAAUGGGGAGAGAAGUUUUGUAGGGCUUCUACUAUUCUUACCUGCAUGGUAUCGUCCAGGUACACAUCACAGAAACGUUCAGGCACACAUCGGAGAAACCUUCUCACUCCGCUCUUCUGCGGCGACAGGCAUUUUGAUUCUUCUGCGCCGCUUCGUCUGCGACGACGUGCCUUUCAAGAUGGUGGUUCCUUUAUUGGGGGGAAGAGUUGGUCCUGUUCAGUAGGCAAACGUUGUUCUCCAUUGGGAGAGAGAGGUUGUAGUCUCACUAGCAGCAGACACAAUCCUCCCCCUGCCCCCCACUGUGGUCCCGUCUCUCCCCCCCUUUUCCCUUUUGCCUCCCUCCUCCGGGUGAGGGCUUUGCUAUCUAUUGCGAACCAAGCAGUAGGCAUAACAACUGUUUAUUUUGAAAUCCUUAGCUAGAGGAUGUUGAGCUUCUUCAGAAAUGGCCUUCUCGUUGGAAUAGGAGAGAAGGGAGGGAGGAAGUGGUUGAAAGGCCAUGUCCUGAACGAUAGAGGGAAGGAGAUGGAUGCCGGUCAGUAAUUUCUCUCCCUAGAUCAGUUGUCAUCGUCAUUGUGGAAGCUUCUCUCUUUCCAGUUAUUAGUGCUUGCAAUUGUUCUUUUUUCUUGUCUCAUCUAGUCAGACAAACAGGCGUUGCACAGUUUUGAUUCGCCGAACCUUUGGAACUUUCCUAUUGGUUCUGGAUGUUCAUUCCGUUGUACGGUCUGAACCUGGUCCUGGUCAGGGACUGUAUACUUACGUGUCAGCACUUUCUUAGUCUUGCCCCUGCCCCAAGUCUGAACACAUCGGCAAUUGGCAGUGCUAGCUUUUAGAAAGAAGGAGAGAGACCCUGACAAUGCUGAAGGAUGGGGCACUCUCCUGUAAAGUAGAACGUCCCGCACAUCCGCCUCCUCCUCAUGGUACUCUCCUGUUUUGUCUGUUCUGAUUCAUUAGGCCUUCCGCUGUAGUGGUCAACAAGAAUUCUGUCAGCGACUCAGCGCUGCUUAGCUUGACACUUGAGGAUGCGAGAGAGCUGUUUACUGCUUUUUUUGCUUCUUUUUUGUUUUUCUUGUUUCUCCUUUGUUUUUUCAAAGUCCUUUUGUUUUCUGCAGUCUGUGGAUGACCGACCAAUAUGCCCUGCCCUUGUUCCUUCAGUUCUUGGGACCUUGGGUACACCAAGUCCAUCCAAGUCCCGCUGCUUGGGACCUUGGGUAGCUGACUAAGUCCCCCCAAAUCCCGCUUCUUGGAACCUUGGGUAGUUGACCAAGUCCUGCCAAGCCCCGUGCUUGUUUGCUGAGAAUAGGUGACGGUUGAAGUUUUGUCGAGGAGGAGGUAAGCAGAGUUAUUAACCAUUUUGGAGGCUUUGAUGCUCUGUCUGUUUGGAUUGCUGCGGAGAAAAGUCGAGGGUUAGCCUGGUUAGGUAGGAGGAGUGGAGUGUAAAUCUGCACCCUCAGUGUCUUCUACAGUUUUCGUAAUAUGCCCUGGGGGAAAGUUGGAAGGGGUUUUCUUUAAGGCUUGGGCUUGAGGGAGUUGGGUCAAAGUAGGAUUUUUCUCGGGGGAGAGGGGAGGGGCGGGUCCGGGGGGCGAGGAAAGGUGGGAGGAAGGGGCAAUGCAGAGCCUCCAGUGUUUAUUCUAUAGGUAGUAGAUCCCCUGUGAAAUGCUUAAAUCGGUUUGAACUUCGAAGCUUAAGGAGCUUUGAAAGCUUCAAGGGGGGGGUGAGGGAGUUGAUUGGCAUUGGUGGCCACCACUGCCUCUGUUCCAUUCGGCUAUUGAUUAACACUUUCCUGUUCUUCAGCUAGGAGUGCAAGUCUGGAGAUUGCAGUUUAGAAAAGUGCAAAAAUCUGGAAUUGUGGAAUUACUCAAUGGAUUGUUGUGUGCCAUAUGCAAUUGAUUUGUAUUUUUAUAUAUACCAUCUCAAGGUCCGUGUUCGCGCCCGUGAGAGAGAGAGAGAGAGAGAGAGAGGAGUGGGUUAUGACUUUGGAAUGUUGUGAGUUGUGCAUGUGCAGGCUGAAGGAAUUCUCUGCCCUGGAAAGGCAUGGUAACUUCAGAAUGCUGUGAUUUUGUGAGGGGGUUGGGUGCAUGUGGUCUCAUAAAUGCCAAACU